UUGAUCUUUCAUUCCCGAUUGUUCAAAGUGGACCCAGAAGAAGAAAUCAGAAUAAAGAAGUUACCAACAAACAGUCCCAGAGGCCUGCAAGCAACCCUGGAGGUUAGACCUGAAGAAAGCUGGGGCCAUGCCAACCUUGUGCACUGCAGAGAAAAAGAUUCUACUUCUAGAAGAUCUGCCAUCGAUGGAGACGGGGUGCCCCAUAUCUGCCGUGUGUGUGGGGACAAGGCCACUGGCUACCACUUCAAUGUCAUGACAUGUGAAGGAUGCAAGGGCUUCUUCAGAAGGGCCAUGAAACGAAAUGCCCGGCUGAGGUGCCCCUUCCGUAAAGGUACCUGUGAGAUCACCCGCAAGACCCGGCGGCAGUGCCAGGCCUGCCGCCUGCGCAAGUGCCUGGAGAGUGGCAUGAAGAAAGAGAUGAUCAUGUCGGAGGCUGCGGUGGAACAGAGGCGAGCCUUGAUCAGGCGGAAGCGGAGAGAAAGGGGCCGGACUCAGCCACCGGCUGCCAGAGGCCUAACAGAGGAGCAACAGGCGAUGAUCAGGGAGCUGAUGGAAGCUCAAGCAAAAACCUUCGACACCACCUUUUCCCACUUCAAGAAUUUCCGGCUGCCGGAGGUAUUCAGUAGCAGCCAUGAGAUCCCAGGGGCCCUGAAGGUUCCAUCGGGGAUAGAAGCAGCCAAGUGGAGCCUGAUUCAGGAAGACCUGUGCUCCCUGAAGAUUGUGUCCCUGCAGCUGCAGGGGGAGGAUGGCAGCAUCUGGAACUACAAACCACCUGCCCACUGUCAGGGCCGAGAGAUCUUCUCCCUGCUCCCCCACAUGGCUGACCUGUCAACCUACAUGUUCAAAGGCAUCAUUGACUUUGCUAAAGUUAUCUCCUACUUCAGGAACCUGCCGAUUGAAGACCAGAUUUCACUGCUGAAAGGAGCCACCUUUGAGCUGUGUCAGCUGAGGUUCAACACGAUGUUCAAUGCAGAGACAGGGACCUGGGAGUGUGGCCGGCUGUCCUACUGCUUGGAAGACCCUGCAGGUGGCUUCCAGCAGCUUCUGAUGGAGCCUGUGCUGAAGUUCCACUACAUGCUGAAGAAGCUGCAGCUUCACAAGGAGGAGUAUGUGCUGAUGCAGGCCAUCUCCCUGUUCUCCCCAGACCGCCCUGGAGUGGUGCAGCACGAUGUGGUAGACCAGCUGCAGGAGCAGUUCGCCAUCGCCCUGAAGACCUACAUCGAGUGCAACCGGCCCCAGCCUGCCUACAGGUUCUUGUUCCUGAAGAUCAUGGCUAUCCUCACUGAACUCCGCAGCAUCAAUGCCCAACACACCCAGAAGCUGCUGCGCAUCCAGAACAUACACCCCUUUGCCACUCCGCUCAUGCAGGAGCUGUUCGGCAUCACAGAGGGCUGAAGGGCUGCUCCCCCUGAGGGGCUUCCAGUCCCCACCACUAGACAGAGGACACAGCAGUGAGCAGACAGUGCCUGCCUAGUCCUGCCUCCCUGGGGACCUCAGACCAGCAGUGAUUAAGCUGCCCAGCCUUCCUCAGGAAGAUGACAUGGCUCCCUCUAACCCCCAGCUCAGCCUGUGGAGAGUGAAGCCACAGAACCUUCUACAGAGAA